CCUUCAACGGGUACACAUCGCAAAAAGCGACCGCAAACGUUCAACCCAAAACACUCCGUUUUACCGUAGUGAAUUGUAGUGAAACACUUCGUACAGUUAGUGACGAUCUUUCUGAUCCAGCAUGGGCAAAGGUAAAGGAGGCGGCUCCGGUGGUGGCGGUGGCCAGAGUGGCGGUGGUGGUAAAAAAGGCCCUGCAGGUGGCGGUGCCGCCAAAGGUGGAAAUGACGCUAAAAGUGGUGCUGGCAGUGGCAAAGCAGGAGACAAAGGAGGAAAGAAGGGUGGUAAAAAGUGAUGGAUCGUUUGAUCCAUUCCUCGGACAACAGAUCACCCCGACCUACUUCCGGAAGCGAUAGCAGCAGCGGAUUCGGCCAUCCAGCGAAAGGGAGCCCAACGAAUUCGAAAUGUGAUUUGGACUGUGACAAUUUCAGCGUUUACUGAUGUAUUUAUUGUUGGCUUUUCCUCCAUUAUUUACGACAACACCGCACCAGGCAGGUUGCGUCUUCAAACUGAACCAAAUGGCAAAAA